AUGAAUAGUACUGAAGGGUUUUUGCAAUAUGAAGCUAUUAAUGUGGGUUGGGUGUCAAUCCUACCUCCCGUUGUUGCUCUAGUCCUGGCACUGAUAACAAAAGAAGUCAUUUCAUCACUUCUGCUUGGUUGUGUGACUGCUGUUGUGAUCUACUCGAUUGCAGUAUUGAUGGGAAUGUGCCCAAAUCUGGAAAAAGCAAACCCUAUCGAUGUUUUGUUCACUGUUAUGGGCAUUCAAGUCGGAAACAACAUUCACUUGUGCAUUUUCUCUCUUUGCAUGGGAGCGUUACUGAAUCUGCUCACGCUUUCUGGAGGAUCCAACGCAUAUGCUGAAGCUUCCAAGCGGUUCGUGCAUGGCAAACGUCCAGCUCUUUUAUGGACCAUUUUGCUUGGCUUUAUCAUGUUCCUAGACGAUUAUUUUAACGCAAUCACGACUGGAUCGGUGAUGCGUACGCUUACAGAUAUCAAUUAUGUGUCGAAGCCCAAAAUCUCGUUUGUGGUUCACACCCUUGGCACGAAUCUCUGCAUUCUCAUUCCCCUCACGAGCUGGGCAGCUUCAAUUGUCGCGCAACUGGACACAGCAGGCGUGGCUGACGCGUUCCCUGUGUUUUUGCGAACCAUUCCAUUCAACCUCUACAGCAUCCUAUCGAUUCUAUUCGUGCUGGUCAAUGCCAUUUUCGAUUUGGAUUUCGGUCCAAUGACAAUGUACGAAGACAAUGCGAGGAGCGGCAAAAGUGAAUCGGAUGGCUCCAUCGAUAGGGCGGGCCAAGUGAGCACCGCAGAGCCUUCGAAGAAGGGCAGAGUGUUUGAUCUAAUCAUUCCAUUGCUCGUGUUUAUCAUUCUCUCCAUCUUCUUCAUUUUCUACUUUGGAGGCUUCUUUGAAGGCGGAAUCUCCGUCACAGACGCUGUAGGCAACACGGAUGCCGCCAAAUCCCUCCUCUCCUCCUCCUUCCUCGCCGUCGUGUCCACCUUCUUCCUCUACGUUCCUCGGAAAGUGAUCUCCUUCCGCCAAUGGUUCGAUGCGAUGCAGGAGGGCACCAAGUCCAUGCUGCCCACUCUUCUGGUCAUCGGCCUCGCUUGGACGAUCAGUGGCUGCAGCUCCAUGCUUCUCAUGACCGGAGAAUAUGUUGGAAACCUCGUGAGAGAAUCCUCCAUCCCCGUGCAAAUCCUGCCCGCGAUUAUUUUCCUGAUCGGAAUGCUCAUGUCGUUCGCUACGGGCACGUCGUGGGGAACGUUCGGCAUUUUGAUCCCGAUUGUGGCCGGAAUUUGCAGUGAGGAGUACGCAGAGUACCUUCCAGUGAGCUUGGCAGCUUGCUUGUGUGGAAGUGUGUUUGGAGAUAACACGUCUCCUCUGUCCGAUACGACGAUUCUCACGGCAGCAUCGACGCAGUGCUCCAUGCUCGUGCAUUGCUCGACGCAGUCGAUUUAUUCGUUGACGAUUGCUGGAGUGAGUUUUGUUGGGUAUCUGAUUGCAGGAUUCUGUCAUGGAAAUGUGUUUGUUACGCUGCUUAGCACGCUUGUGAUUUUUGCUCUGGUCAUGGUGCUGAUUUGGCUUGUCCAAAGAAAGAGAGGCACCAAGGAAUUGCCCGUUUCUUCUGUAUAG